AUGGCGCCAUAUAAAUCAACUUGUUAUGAGCUCAGAAAAGCAGUGAAGCUGGCCAAGAAAAGAUAUCGAGAGAAAGUUGAGUUGAAUCUGAGUAACAACGACAGUAGAAGUGUAUGGCAGGGGUUGAAAAUGAUCACUGAUUAUAAAAGACCCCCUCUGACCAUGGCUGCGGACUCAACGCUGGUCAACGAGCUCAACGCAUUCUAUGCGCGCUUUGAGGUCAGUGACGACGAGCGCACUCACAAAUCACAUGACAUGAAAAACAUUAAACAACAUGCAGUGGAUCUGACCCUGGAUCCUGAUACAGCACAGCCCCAUCUUAUCCUGUCUGCUGAUGGGAAACAAGUAGAGCAUGGAAACACACGACAGAAUCUCCCAAAUACUCCAAAGAGGUUUAAUCAUGCUGCCUGUGUGUUGGGAAGAGAGGGCUUCUCCUCUGGCAAAUUCUACUAUGAGGUUCAGGUUAAGGGGAAGACUACGUGGGAUGUAGGAGUGGCCAAGGAGUCUGUUAACAGGAAGGGAGACAUAUACCUGAGACCUGAAUAUGGAUUCUGGACAAUAUGGCUGAGAGAUGGGACUUAUUGGGCUAAUGCGGGUCCCGCUGUUCCCCUCACCCUGAAGGGGAAGCUCCAAACGGUGGGGGUGUUUGUGGACUACGAUGCAGGUCUGAUCUCCUUUUAUGAUGCAGAUUGCUGGAAUCAUAUCUACUCAUUUACCCAUGUCACCUUUACUGAGAAAAUCUAUCCAUACUUCAGCCCCAGUCAUAAUGAGAAAGGUACAAAUUCUGCUCCUCUUAUAAUCUCCCCAGUCCAUGUCUGCCCUAUCAAGUAAUGGAUAAAUCACUGUUUUUU